AGAGAGAGAAGCAGAGCAGGAGGAGGAACGCCCAUUGAAACCUUUUGUUUUUUUGUUUUUGUUCUUGUUUGGUACAUUUGCCUAGCAAUGUUGUUUGCCCUACUUGUGACAAAUGAAUAUGGACCAUGACCUGUUAUCAGCCAUCCAAAGAAGUGACUUGCACUGGCUUGAGGCAAAUGCAAGCCAAAUGAGUGCAGACUGGCGGAAGUUCAUCCACAGCAAGUCCGGAGAUACAGCACUUCAUGUUGCAGCUUCUGCUGGCUGCACACAAGUGUUGGGAUGGCUCCUGUCUCAAGGUUGUGACCGAUGCCUAGAGCAGCAGAAUGCUGAUGGAAAGAGGCCUUUGCACUGUGCAGUUCAGGCAUCACACUUGCCCAUUGUCAAAAUUCUUUUGGAUCAUGGAGCAACAAUUGACCCCCUUAAACGAGCCGACUGGACGCCACUGAUGCUGGCAUGCACGAAACGAAACCUCCAGGUCAUCAGGCACCUCAUUGAGAAUGGGGCGAAUCUGCGCCUGGAAAACAAAGAUGGCUGGACCAGCUUCCACCUUGCUUGUAGAGAGGGUGACAAGGAAAUUGUUCAUUACCUGUUGGAUGUGGAUGGGUCAGUGUGGAACAAUGUCACUAAAAAUGGCAGAACUCCCUUACACACAGCAG